AUGGGCACAGAUGGCUACAUGCCCCGAGAAUUGGCAUCUAUGUCACUUGUGCUGCAUGGAAACAACCUGUUAGUGUUUGGAGGUACUGGCAUCCCAUUUGGUGAGAGCAAUGGCAAUGAUGUCCACGUCUGCAACGUGAAAUAUAAGAGAUGGGCUUUGCUCAGCUGUCGGGGGAAGAAACCCAGUCGUAUAUAUGGACAGGCUAUGGCUAUCAUCAAUGGCUCCCUUUAUGUAUUUGGAGGGACAACUGGCUAUAUUUACAGCACAGACCUGCACAAAUUAGAUCUCAAUACCAGAGAGUGGACACAACUGAAACCAAACAACCUAUCCUGUGAUCUACCAGAAGAGAGGUACAGACAUGAAAUUGCACAUGAUGGGCAGAGGAUUUACAUCUUGGGAGGUGGUACUUCUUGGACAGCUUAUUCCUUAAACAAGAUUCAUGCAUACAACCUUGAAACGAAUGCAUGGGAGGAAAUUGCAACAAAACCCCAUGAAAAAAUAGGUUUUCCUGCAGCCCGGAGAUGUCACAGUUGUGUUCAAAUAAAAAAUGAUGUGUUUAUUUGCGGGGGCUAUAAUGGAGAAGUGAUCCUAGGAGAUAUCUGGAAGCUGAAUCUGCAGACUUUUCAAUGGGUUAAGCUCCCAGCUACCAUGCCAGAGCCAGUUUAUUUUCACUGUGCAGCUGUUACACCAGCUGGUUGCAUGUACAUUCAUGGAGGAGUGGUGAACAUCCACGAAAAUAAACGGACUGGGUCAUUGUUUAAGAUCUGGCUGGUGGUUCCUAGCCUGCUGGAACUGGCGUGGGAGAAGCUGCUUGCGGCCUUCCCCAACCUAGCAAACCUCUCCCGAACACAGCUUCUGCACCUUGGACUCACACAGGGACUCAUCGAGCGCUUGAAAUGA